AUGGCGAGGUUCUCGAUAAUACUGCCCUCCUUGGGCUUUUUCGGCCGGUCACUUGGGAAUUCAUUCGUGCCUACAAACGGAAAUGCAUUGUCUCCAUUGCACGGCACGCCGUACUUUGAAGAGGUCCAUCCCGAAAGCACCUUCACAGUCGACAACUCGACCCUGACACCGGUCAUCUCGCCAGACGGCUCCGGCAUCGCGAUCCAGACGUCGACCACGCAGUUCCAUACACACGUCAACUUCCGGUUUCCAUCGUACAUCAACGAGGGAAGUUUCCUGUGCCAGCUGGCUUUCCGCAUCGAUCCCCAUCCGCAAUCUGCCGUCGAUGAUGGCGCAAACAGCGCCGAGUUGGAUCUCUUCGAGCUUGAUAGCCCCACGAACGCGACGCACCAUCCAGACAUCGCCGGCUAUCGGGGUCGCUGGGUUGCCAAGGAGCUCGUACAAGAAAGUGGUGUUGCAUAUACUGAAUAUGGGAUCCAGCCGUUCGACUGCUCCUCGAUGCGGCUUGGGGGACUCUUGAUGGGCUUCGAGGUCUCGCCCAAAUGGUGGGACCCAGAUGCUCGUGUUAAUAUCUCGUGGUCUGGCUUUUCUGAGAUAUCGUCAGGUUGCCAGUUCUGCGAGACAUCCAGCGCCAUCGAUAAUGGGUCCAUGGUGUAUUAA